AUGCCCGAGACCAGGGACCAUAUCGAAGAACAGGGGCGCCAGGCCCAGCCCGGAGUCCUUCAUGAUGAAGAUGCCAAGAUCGAGAGAGUCGCUCUGAAGUCGGAGGUGGAUUCGCUGGGGCAUUGGGCCACGGUAGUCAAGUUCCGCAAGGCCGUUGUUGUCUGCAACCUACUUUGCAUCGCAGCAGCAGCAGAUGGGUAUCAAAUCAACCUCAACGGCAACUUGAUAGCAAACCAGGGCUUCAUCAAUCAUGUUGGUUUCCGUGACAGCGCCGGGAAGACUACUCUCAAUGCCAACUAUACUGCUCUGUGGGGUGCUAUGCAGUCUCUGGGUCAGCUAAUUGGGAUGAUCGUCCUGAAUCCUGUGUCAGAUAAGCUUGGCCGCAAGAAAACACUUUACGUUCUAUGGGUGAUCCUCGCCAGUUCGCUCAUACUCGAGACUCUCGUGCGAGACUGGAGAGAUUGGACUGGAGCUAAGAUUCUUGCCGGCAUGGGUAUUGGUGCCAUUCAAGCCACUCUCCCGAUCUACGUGACGGAAUGGUCGCCAGUAAACAUUCGUGGCGCUAUGAUUGUUGCCUAUGGCUUCUGGAACGUCAUUGGAAAGUUUCUUGCAAACCUCGUGCUGAUGCUGGUUCAAGAGACGAACCCUUUGGACUAUAAAACACCCAUUCUAACACAGUGGGGCUUUCUGGGGGUCAUGUUGCCCAUCUUUCUCUGGCUUCCCGAGACUCCAGCAUACUUCGCCGAAAGAGAUCAGGACGAAACUGGCAAAGAAAUCCUUCGCCGCGUCAACGGCAAUGUCGAGGGAUAUGACAUCGAAACAGAGUAUACCAUCAUCAAGAACAUCGUUCUCGAAGAACGAAGGGUACGACAAGAAUUUGGCUUCGAUGAUAUGGGCCUGAAACAAGUCCUGUUAUCUUUCGCCGAGUGCUUCAAUCGUUCUAAUGUCCGCCGCACCUUAGGCGCUGCUCUACCCGGUUGUGCUCAACAACUGGCUGGACUAUCCUUCCUCAAUACCUACGCUAGUUUGUUCUUCAAACAGAGCGGAUUUUCGAAUGCUUUUCAAAUAACUACGAUUCUAUGCUCCAUCCAAUUUUCCACCACCAUCUGCCUCAUGCUCUUGUCCGACAAGCUUGGACGUCGUUUGAUGGUCUUCGGUUCAAUCAUCAUCUGUACCUGCACGCUACUGAUCGUCGGGGCUCUAUCGUUUGUAACGAAGACUACCGCAAUCAAGGACUUCCUUAUUUUUGUGGCUUGUGUCUGGUCAUUUGCCAAUAGUGCCGUUGGGAGCCUCGGCUACGCGUUCGUGGGAGAAGUGGCGUCCCAAAAGUUGCGUGCUAGAACUGCCGGUGUUGCAUCAGCCUCUUCCGUUGUCUUUGGGUUGAUCUUCAACACUUCAGUGCCGAUCAUGCUUGAUGUCAAUGGAGUGAACAUGGGGUACAAGACCGCAUGGAUUUUCUUUGGAACAGCAAUCGUUGUCUGUAUCCUGCUUUGGUUCUUUCUCCCGGAAUGCUCGCAAAGAAAUGCGGCUGAGAUUGACGAGAUGUAUGAGAAGGGUGUGCCUGCAUGGAAGAUGCAUAAAUAUGUUACGGACGUUCAGAAGAUGUAUCAGAUUCGUCUCUAG